CCCCGCCCCGAGGCCUCAGUUGACCCACCUUCAGCCCUCAGCGCUGCCACAGCGGCUAUGACCGAAGUGGACUCGCCAGGAGUGGUCUCUUUCAUUGUGGCCAGGAUAUAAAGAGACCCUGGUGAUACUCUCAGACCCAAGGAACCAGUCUGCCUAGUAUGAGAAGAGGAAUCGGCGAGCCCACUCUUUGGAAGCCAUGGGCUGUGGCACUUCUUUUCAUGGGGGAGAAGUAAAGAAAUCCGAACGAGCAAUGAAAGCAGCAAUACUCAUCCAGAGGUGGUUCCGCUGUUACAUGGCUCGGUUAGAAGUGAGACGGCUCUCAGCUCUGAAUAUCUUCCAGUCCAUCGAAUACGCCGACGAGCAAGCCCAGCUGCAGCUGUCGGACUUUUUCUCCUUUUUGCUGGAACACUUCACGGAUUUCAAUAAGAAGGAAUCAGAGCUGAUGUGUCGCCUUUUCAGCGCCUCACGGAUUUGUGAUCCAGACAGCCCAGGGGACAAGCUGAAGGAAUACGAGAGGAUGAUCGAGGUGCCCCCGUCCUAUCUUGGCCCCCGGCUGUCAUUUCCCCUCACCAUCGUGGACAUCAAUGCGAUUCUUCAGGCUUUCAAGCAUCGUCAGCUCCUUCACGCCCGUUAUGUCCUCCAGCUGCUGCACGAGACCAAGAAGGUCCUGAAGCAGAUGCCCAAUAUCACUCACUUAUCAACCUCUUAUUUCAAGGAGAUCACGGUGUGUGGUGACUUGCAUGGAAAACUCGACGAUCUCUUGCUGAUAUUCUACAAGAACGGUCUGCCGUCGGGAGAAAACCCCUACAUCUUCAACGGUGACUUUGUAGAUAGGGGAAAACACUCCAUGGAGAUACUGAUCAUCCUCUUUGCGUUUCUCCUUGUCUACCCUAACGACCUGCAUCUGAACCGAGGGAACCACGAGGAUUUCAUGAUGAAUAUGAGAUAUGGCUUCACGAAAGAAGUUAUGCAGAAAUAUAAGCACCAUGGUGGACAGAUUUUGCAGCUUCUCGAAGAUGUCUAUUCCUGGCUCCCCCUUGCAACUGUAAUUGACCAUAAAAUUCUGAUCGUCCACGGGGGAAUAUCAGACACUACAGAUUUGGAGCUCCUCAGCUGUUUCGAAAGAAGUCUGGUGAAAUCGGUGCUGGUGCCGCCAAUGCCCGUGAAGACAGAGAAGGCCCAAUUCCAAAGCUACUCCACGACCCAAGGCGUGGCUUCCGGUUUCGACAGAGUGACCUGGGUCCCCUACAGGAAUGCAACCUUGAUCGACAGGUGUGACAGGUCUGGAGAGUUAUCCAGGAAAGAGUGGAAGCAGGUCGUCGAUAUCCUGUGGAGCGAUCCUAGGAGCAGACAAGGUUGUUCCCCGAACACGGGUCGAGGGGGCGGUUGCUAUUUUGGACCUGACGUGACCACGAAGCUGUUCGCCAAGUACGGACUGAAGAUGAUCAUCAGGUCCCACGAGUGCAAACCGGAAGGUUACGACAUCUGCCACAAUGGGAGGGUGGUCACUGUCUUUUCUGCAUCUAAUUACUAUGAAGAAGGCAGCAACCGAGGCGCUUAUCUCAAACUGAACCCUGAUAUGAGUCCUCGUUUUGUUCAAUAUCAAGUCAGCAAGACAACACAUAAGAAGACUUUCAACCAAAGGGUGAGUUUGGUGGAGAGUACUGCCCUGCGGGCCCUCCGAGAGAGACUUAUCGGCCACAGAUCCGAACUCGUCGCCGCUUUCCGGCGGUUUGACCCAGGUGACACGGGCAAGAUCUCCGUACCCGAUUGGGUCUCGGUCAUGGAGUCGGUCCUGAACCUGCCUGUCCCGUGGAGGUCACUCUGCACCCACCUGGCGUCCCUGGACCCGGAAGGAAGGGUGGACUACCUGUCGUGUUUCAGCCAUCUGCAGGUCCAGGAGCCCGUGCUAGAGGCUCAUUCGGCUCUAGUGGAAACCCUGUACAGAUACAGAUCGGACCUGGAGAUCGUAUUUAACAUCAUCGACAAAGACCACUCAGGGCUGAUCUCGAUGGAGGAGUUCCGUCAGAUGUGGCAGCUCUUCAACGCCCACCACCACGUCAACGUGGACGACACCACCAUCGACCACCUGGCCCAGAGCAUGGACCUCAACAAAGACGGCAGCAUCGACUUCAACGAGUUCCUGAAGGCCUUCCACGUGGUCCACCGGCACGACCCCAGGUGGAGCACCAGGGAGGGAACCCCCCCGCCCGCCGCCGAGGACGAGGCGUGGUAGCCGACAGGACCGCCCGCCCGGUCGUCCCCUCCCCGGGCCGGCGGGGGCCGACGGAGUGGUCGCCGGGGAGAAGAGGCUCAUCGCCGGGACGGGUCGCUGUCUCGCCUCCCGCUCGGGGUCAGCCCACGCUCCUCCUAAAUCGGGCCGAGAGAGCGGAGCCCGGCGACGGCGUUCGAGCUCUCCGAGGUGAGCGCCGGUAGCGGGGGCAGGCGGCCCGGCCCGGGGAAGAAGACGGAAAAAGAGGGUGAGAAGUCGAAAGCCCUUCCACUCCAAAAUCUCGUCACGAAUUAGAAAUCAGUAACAGUUGGAAACGGUACUUCAGACUCGUUCGUCUCCGCGUCCCCCCCAGGCCGCGAGAAAGGAGAGGGUAGGCCCACGUCCUGCCGGAUCGCCCCCGGCCCGUACGGAAGGCACGGGGGAGACCCCGAAGGAAGACGGUACUGGCCGUUGGUUGAGAGGGCGUUCCUGGCGCUACUGCCUCAAGGACCUGGUCCGGAGCCUGGGAGGCAUUUAAAGCCCUCUAGACUGUGAGCUCCGUUUGGGCAGGGAGUACGCCUACCAACCUGGUUAUAUUGUACUUUCCCGAGCGCUUAGUACGAUGCACUGAACACAGUAAGCGCUCAAUAAAUGCCGCCGAUUGAGCGAAAGCUUUUCUCUA